CGUUCCGAUCGAUUAGUAACGCUCAAAGCGCUCCAAACGUCUUUUUGCAUAGAAUUUUUAUGUUUGUAGUCAAGUGUUUUCUUGUUUUUCACUAAUUUUGUAAUCUGCUUAAUGCAAACUUUAGUUUAACAACACUUUAUCUCGAGCAUAGUCAGCAACAUAUUAUUUUACAAGAUCGUAUCCUUAUUUUAGUGGCGUAGUUGUGCAUGAAUAUUGUACGUUAGAAGAACAUAUUACUUAUUGUGUGUUUAUUACCCACAAAUAAUACUUCGAAGAACAUCGGUAACAAUGGGAAAACGUCUUCAAACUGUUGCUGCUAUGGCAUGCAUGAAGAGUUUGUUAAUGAUAUUUAAUUUCGUAUUUUGGAUAUCCGGUAUAGCGAUUUUAGCAAUUGGCAUUUGGAUGGAAGUAGAGCUGUACAAAUAUAUGGAAAUAAGUACCGAAUUUUCGGGUACCGCACCAUAUGUUUUAAUUGGAACCGGUGCACUUAUUAUUCUAAUUGGAUCGCUAGCUUGCUGCUGCACGGUUAAAGGGCAAUCUGUCCUUUUGUACGUUUACGGCGGAUUUUUGGCAAUUAUACUUGUAAUGGAAUUAGGCGCCGGAAUAUCCAUCUUUGCGUAUCGAUCCAAGUUAACAGCUGGAUUUGAUACUGGAUUAAAUCAAAGUUUGAUUAAUUAUCGAUCCGAUUCUGCGGUGAAAUCUGCGGACAUUGACGCAAUACAGAGAGCUUUGCAUUGCUGUGGUAACCACCGUUACAUUGACUGGCUGGAGAUAAACCCUCCAGUACCCCAAUCUUGCUGCAAGGCUGAAAGCUGCGAUACAUCAAUCGAAGAUGAAAUAUAUCGCUUGGGAUGUUACGACAAGGUGAUCGAUUUUCUGAAUGCCAACAUUGGAAUCGUUGCUGGGGCAGCCAUUGGAAUUGGUUUCUUUCCCCUACUGGGUGUGGUAUUGUCUUGCUGUCUGGCUAGUACAAUUAAUAAAGCCAAAUAUGAGCAGAUGGCAUAAAAUUUACACAUUUUCUAAACGUGAAUAAAAUAUGGACCUAUUUUACAAUUUUCUGGAUGUUGUUAAAUUUUAAAAUGUAUAUAAGUCAAUUUUCCGUGAUACGAGGAAAUAUUAAACUCUGUAACUCAAACAAUGAAGUAUCUACACACAACGUAUAAUAUUACAAUCUAUUUUUAAUGUUGGAAACUAUAUAAGGUGUCUCGUUUUUAAUGUUGUCUUUACACAUGCCAUCUGCAGUUUUGGCGGUUAAUGGUAGGUUAAGUAAAUGUGCAGCAAAUGAAAAGUUGAUAUAUUGACACGGCUAAAACAUAUUCUGAAUGUAUGAUUGUACGACCAUCUUGGAGAAACUGUCAGUAAGCCAACAAAUCAUUGAUUCGCUGACAAAUAGAGCAGUCGUCUAUAGUUUUGAAAAGCAUGAUAAAUUGGGUUCCCAUGUGUCACAGAACACACCAACUUUUGGCGGAAUGUAAAUUACUACUACACACGUAGUACCUCCUUUUGGUGCACAUUUAAUUGACCUAAGGAUAUAACAACACAAUUUCACUUCUUCGAAAAGACUGAACUGUGCACUCAGUUAAAAGUAAAAGCUUAAUAUUUAUGUUUUUUGUAUGUUUCCUACUUCCAUAACAACUCAAAUACCUAUUAGAAAAUAUUGCCUUCUGGGCGAAAACUACAAACGAAGAUCCUGAAAAGUAUUGCAUUUUUCGUACAAAAAAAUUGUAUUGCUUUGAAACCUGUAAGUAUACUUAUCUAUACGUUACACCUGCUAAUAAAAUUUUAUUAUAUUUAA